CCCGGGCGGAACCAAUUGUGACGGCGGCAGGGUUUCCGGCCGGCGCUGUAGAGGUGGCGCACGGGUGGUGCGGCGUGACGCGAGCGCGCGGGAUGGGCAGGGCCGAGGCGGUGGCGGAGCAGCGAGCCGGCGGCGGCGGCGGUGGCGGCGGCUCUGCAGUUCUACAGCCCGGUCGCCAUGAGCACCAAGCAGGUCACCUGCAGGUACUUCAUGCAUGGUGUAUGUCGGGAAGGAAGCCAGUGCCUGUUCUCCCAUGACCUGGCCAACAGCAAGCCGUCUACCAUCUGCAAGUACUACCAGAAGGGCUGCUGCGCCUAUGGGACCCGCUGCAGAUACGAUCACACGAGGCCCUCUGCUGCAGCUGGUGGUGCUGUGGGCACCAUGCCCCACGCUGUGCCCUCCCCCGGCCUCCACAGUCCUCACCCUCCUUCCGACCUCACUGCAUCUAUUGUGAAAACAAACUUACACGAGCCUGGGAAACGUGAAAAGAGAACGUUGGUACUUAGAGACCGAAAUCUCACUGGCGGGGCCGAGGAACAGGGCUCUCUGGGUGUGGUGAGUGGUCCCCCAGGCCGCAGCGAGCCCCAGGCCAGCCUGGAAGGGAAGCCACAGUCCUACCUGGAGGCCAUCAGGAGUGGCCUGGAUGAUCCAGAGGCCUGCAGCUCUUACACGGGCGGCGCGCAGCCACUGUGCCCUUAUGCAGCGGCCGGGGAGUGCCGCUUCGGGGAUGCCUGCGCCUACCUACACGGGGACCUGUGUGACAUCUGCCGGCUGCGCGUUCUGCACCCCUGUGACCCAGAGCAGCGCCGAGCUCAUGAGAAGAUGUGCAUGGAGACGUUCGAGCACGAGAUGGAGAAGGCCUUCGCCUUCCAGGCCAGUCAGGACAAAGUGUGCAGCAUCUGCAUGGAGGUGAUCCUGGAGAAGGCAUCGGCCUCGGAGAGAAGGUUCGGGAUCCUCUCCAGCUGCAACCAUACCUACUGCUUGUCCUGUAUCCGGCAGUGGAGGUGUGCCAAGCAGUUUGAGAACCCCAUCAUUAAGUCUUGUCCAGAGUGCCGUGUGAUAUCAGAAUUUGUGAUUCCAAGUGUGUAUUGGGUGGAAGAUCAGAAUAAAAAGAAUGAGUUGAUUGAAGCUUUCAAACAAGGAAUGGGGAAGAAGGCCUGUAAAUACUUCGAACAAGGCAAAGGGACCUGCCCGUUUGGAAGCAGAUGCCUGUACCGCCACGCGUACCCUGAUGGGCGGCUGGCAGAGCCCGAGAAGCCUCGGAAACAGCUGAGCUCUGAAGGCACCGUGCGGUUCCUCAAUUCUGUGCGGCUCUGGGAUUUCAUUGAGAACCGAGAGAGCCACCACGUCCCUGGCACAGAGGACGUGGACAUGACAGAGCUUGGGGACCUGUUCAUGCACCUGUCGGGUGUGGAGCCGGCUGAGCCCUGAGCUGCCCCAGCGGGGUGCCUGCACCCCAGGUAGGCCGGCUGCUGGGUCUGCUCGUCACCUCCACGGGACAGGGGACAGAGGACAUAAAGUAGCCCGACACUGUGUGGAGUCGCUGCUUUUGUAGCCGAUGCACUAGCCGCCCCUCAUGCUGGCUCUCCUCGGCCCUGGGGCCGUCACGUCCCCUCGCUAAUGUCUGUGCGUGCAUGGUCGCACACUCCCCUGAGCCGCCCCUCCCGGUCAGCACCCGGGUGCCUCCUUCCUGGUCACCUAGUCGCACCCCUAGCACAGUCUGGCUUUGAUUUGCAGUCGUGUGUGAUCUCAGUGACAUCCCGGCAGGCUCCCUCCUGGUCUGGGCAACAGGGCUCCUAAGAGCGGAGCACAUGGCAUCGCCUAUUAGCGUUUCUGAAGCUUAACCUGCCGAAGCAGUGAGCCCCCAGCCUAAGUUCCCUGUUUUUAUCAGCAGCUGUAGACGUCACGUGUUUUAUGAAAUGCAUUAAAGCGGAUAGAAAGUCCGCCCGGGCUAGUGUUCUUCUGCAUCAUUUUACGUCAUCUCCUGAGAGUAGCAAGAGGAUGAACAGAGUCCACGGGUGGGGACAGCAUGGCUUUUUAAAGGAGGAAAUAGCCAUUGAGCCUACAUUUAAUUUAUUUUAUUAAAAUAACACAAUUAAGGAACCACUGGAUAAUUGUAUUUUAUCAGGCGCAAUAAAAACAAAAUUAAAACCCAAAUCAUCAAGAAAA